AUGGAUCAAACGAUGCUAACUCCCACAGAGUUCCAGUUAGCUCAGGAGAGGAGUUUGAAAUACCUAGGUACCGCGAAAGUAUUCAUCAACCAGAUUGUUCCACACCCAUCCAUAUCCCGGGAGCUAGAUCCUAAAAACGUGGAACGGCUGAGUGAGGUCUUCUCUCAUGACGGUUGUCGACGGUUGGAUAUUCGAAACCAUGUCGUAGCGGUUGUGUCACGACAGCAUUUGGCUGUGGCGCUCCAAACAGCGGGAGUAACGGCUCGAAGCUUAAAGACUAGCCCGCCAGAUCGAUACCCUCUCCUUGAAUUCCCAGUGGGCCAGAUACAGUGCCUUCACGGCCAGCAUCGUUUGGAGGCUGCAAAAGAACAGCUCCCACCUGCUGAACAAUGGUGGGCGGUUGAUCUCUAUCUCGAUGAUAUUAGUGCCAGCCUAUUAACGGCCCUUGUGGACGAGUAUUCGAAUGAAAAGAUUCCGAGUGACGGAGAGGUGUAUCUUAAAGUUCGCCAGUACCAAUAUGAAGGGAAUGCGCAUUUCGAGAACCGAUGGAUGGCACGUCUCUCGCCAAACAAAGUCAAACGAUUCAAGCAGCUUUCUUCACGAACCACAGGAAUGAAAUUCGGUUCGCUCCCUAGAGUUCUCGCAACAAGCUGUAACGAGGAAAUCGUUCAUGGGUUAAGUUCAUUGUUGGAGGAGUGGUCGCAUUACUUAAGUUACGAUCGUGAGAAGAUGAUGAAGCUAGACCCGCAGACCGUCGCCAGGCUGCAAGGCAAGGCUCCUGGAGUCUCUUCACGAGAUGCGACAGAAGUGGAAGGCCUAGUUCUUAGUGGCGCAGUGUGUCAAAAUUUCACCUCCUCUGAGCGCAAGGAGAUCUGGAAGAGACUCAAAAAGAGGAAAACGAUCAUUCCCUCAUUAGAUCAUUUUUUCCAAAAUAUGUGGUACCUUGAGGCAUGCGCAAACUGCAUGAAGCGGCUGGUGGUCCCUAGUAAGGAUCACCCUUCCAUCAAGAUUGCCCUCAUGCACAUUUUCCAGCCGGAUCGUGGCAAUCAGUACUGCACUAUCCAAACCUCAGAGAUCGAUUUCCGGCAGCAACCGGGCACUCAAACCGACCGGGCAGAGUUAGGGUAUCGGCAACUUUGGCUCUACGCCAUGCGUCACUAUCCAAAGAUGCCCAGACCAUCCGGGAGUGAUGACUUACUGGCCAAGCCAGAUUGUGAGAAGGCUGACGAUAUGGUUCUACAUGGCUUGGCUAUGCUCGCACAGCGACUCGGGUUUAACUCCCCACCUAUUCAGCAACUAGCCGAGCAGUCACCCGAUCGCCAGAUGGCACGCGACGUCCUGCUAAAAGCCCGGCAGCCAGGGUUUUAUCGUUACGAUCGUGAGAAUUUCGAAUCUCUUAUGACUCGAAUCUGUGAUUGUUUUUCUGAGGCGAUUCCUCUCGACCAGCAGUCCUCUCAUGAGCUGAUCAGGAACCGAGAACCUAAGCCCAAGGCGCGACGUGACCUUCCACACCGUAAGGACCAGAAGCGGGAUUCUCCGUUCCUCUUUCUCGACAAUUUGAACAGCAACAAUCUGCAUCUUGGCGGCAAAGUAACAACUUUGUUCGUAAGACAAUGUGUUUAUUUUGCCUUCUUUGGUCGCCUGCCAGACUCGCCACCAGUCAGGCCUGUGGGGAGCCCGUCCCUAGGCGAUUCGCGCCCCGGCUCGCCACUCUUUAUUCCCCAGGGUGGCUCGGACUUGGAAAACGUUCCAGCCGUAUCUCCUAACCAGGGAAGGAAUAGGGGCCGGGCUCAUAAGCACAAUUCUCACGAGGCUGUACGCAAAGAACGACGAGAGCGAAAGCGGAGGAAGGAGCGUCGGCGGCAAAAAGAGCGACGGGAGCGACGGGAGCUGCGAGCUGCAAGUCGAUCGGAGGCCACUGAAGAUCAGAUUCCGGUAGUCCCGGAACCCACUGAUCUCAAUAUGGAAGAUGCUCAGUCUGAUGCCCAAAGUGCAGAUGUGUUCUCGCUUGAGAGUCACGAAGAGUUAAUGGUUGACAACAUAGAAGAGAAUUACAACCCUGAGGCGGAAGAAUCAGAUCGCUUCCAGAGGGACUUCUACCGCGCUUCAACGGUCACUCACAUAGAAAUCGACGAGCUCUCGGAGGCAGCUUCUCAUUGGGGCGAUCGAACUCUCCCAGACGGAGCGGAAGAGCCAUUCACCAGGGAGGCUCAAUCUCCGACGGCGAAUGAUGAUCGUAGAGAGUUAGAGCGAGAGCUCGAGUUAACGCUCGACCAUAUGAGUAGGGAAGCGGGGGAGCGGGCGGCGCAGGGAGACUCCGGGGCGGACAACACCCUCACCACUGAAUCUACUCCGAAAAUAGCGCCAAGCGGCCCAGACGAACCGGCCAGCCGAAGGCAGGGAGAUAGGGCCAAAAGGUCCUACAAAUGCGGCAGAGAUCGCGCAGGCAAGCAAGGAAAGAGGUAA